UAACGGGUUUCCACCUUUAGAAAUGGAAGCCGCGAGUAGGGGAGUAGUGACUGCAGGGGAGACCGAGGCCUGGAUGGACCUAGCCGUAAACAUGGCUAAAGAAGCACUAGAGAAGGGUGAAGUACCUGUUGGUUGUCUCAUGGUCUACAAUAAUGAGAUCAUAGGUAAAGGAAGAAAUGAAGUUAAUGAAACAAAAAAUGCUACUCGUCAUGCAGAAAUGGUAGCAAUUGAUCAGGUUAUAGAAUGGUGUCAUCAGCACAAGAAGGAACCCGAAGAAGUGUUUUUGCACACAGUAUUGUAUGUCACUGUGGAGCCCUGUAUAAUGUGUGCAGCCGCUCUGCGCAUGAUGAAAAUCCCCCUGGUGGUAUAUGGAUGCCAAAAUGAACGAUUUGGAGGCUGUGGCUCAGUUUUGAACAUCUCUUCUGCUACUUUAAUGGGCACAGGAGAACCAUUUCAGUGCAUAGCUGGUCAUCGAUCUGAAGAAGCUGUGGAAAUGUUGAAAACCUUCUACAGACAGGAAAAUCCAAAUGCACCGAAGUCAAAAGUUCGAAAAAAAGGAAUUCAGUAAAUGAUUAGUUGUGAUGGAGAAUAACCUGAAGCCGGAAGAAUAGCGAAACGUUGAAAUGCCUGGGCAGUGCUGACCUUCCCUUGACUUUGGUAUUUAGCACUUAGAGAUGGAGAACAGGGCAGCUGUUCUUCUGUAGAAUGUCAUAAUAUGUCACUCAUGUGUUUUUCGAAGUUACAAUAAUAUCAAAUAAUCAAAAAUGGCUUUCGGUAUUGCUCUCUUCCCCCAAUCUUCACCCUCCCCACCGAAUGGUGGUGCUGGUUCCUCCUUACCUUAUCAGGGCGCCACCAUUCUAUGGGUAGGGGUGGAGGGGAGGAGACGCUCCCCCGCCUCCUUCUUGCAUCUGAAGAGACCCAUCCGCAGCUUCUUGCUUCAGCAGCGGGUGCGGCAUGUGUUCUUACGGGGCCGCCACUGCAGCCAGAACCGGCGGGCAGAUCUCUUUGCCUGUUAGUGGAGGGGGUCCAUCUGCUCCUUCUUGCUACAGUGACAACCGUAGAAGAAGAUGCACCGUGGCUACCGCCGAAGCAAGAAGCUGCAGACAGUUCUCCUCCCCUGACAGCUGAGGAGACCUGUCUGCAGCUUCUUGCUUUGGCGGCGCGAGUGGAGGAACACGAAGGAUGACAGCUCUCUCUGCCCUGGCUUCGCAACAAAUGGGGAGGGAGGCAUUGGGGGGGCGGAUACCAUCCCGGACAGGGGAUGGUAUCCCUCUGCAACGCCUGCCUCCCCAUUUGUUGCUAUGCCGAGGGCGGAGAGAGACAAUGUUCGAAGGGUCUCUCCUGACAUCGUUCCCCUCCCCCACCCUCAGCAUAGCAACAAAUUGCCUUCGCCGCAAAGUGCUGGUGGGAGGAUGCUAGGAGCUUCUGCUGCUCCUCAAUCUGUGGCAUUGGUUCCUAGCAUCCCCAGUCACCAGCACUUUCCCUCCACAGCGGGGGUGGGGGAAAGGGACAUGCACGCCCCUGGGAACAUGUGGGGUGCACCCAGGGACGGCAUGUGUCUGCCUUGGGAUGCGCAUGGGGAGCUGCGGAUCGUGGCACCCCAACAAAGGAUGGCACACUCGGCAGCUCCCCAAGCACUUCCCGGGAUGGGUUUAUUUCCCCUGGCUAUGGAGCCCCACUGGGCAAGAGUGGCAGGGGUUUCUGCCACUCUUGCUUCGCGACUCUAUAGGCAGGGGAAACAAUCAACAGAGCCCGCCACACGAAGCAAUAAUCAACGGUUGUGCAGAUAAUCAACUCUGCAUACUGUUGAUUAUUUGCAUUGGUUAUUUCUGUGAAAUAACCAACUGUGGUGUGUUUUACCCCCAACAGAUGACACAAUAGUCAAUGGUGGACUAUUUAGUCUACCGUUGACUAUUUAAUCAAGCAUUGACAAUUGUGUCAUCCGAACCCAGUCACCAUCUCAAUUCAGACGUUAUGCUUAAGGAACCUUAACUAUGGUUUGACAUGAUGACUACAAUGACAAGCCUUGGUUUGUGAGCGUGUUUGACCUAUUUCUAUCAUGUUUGCUCUUUUCAGGUUAUGUUGUUGCUGCAGUAACAACUAUAUUUAGGAAAUGGCUGCAGGAUAAUGAUGAUGAUUUCUUUGAUAGAAACUUCCUAGAAAAUUCAAGUUUGGCAUACUCAAUAUUUUUUAAUGUAUACUGAUAAGUAGAUUUCCAGUGGGCAACAAAUGGAACUACUUCUAUACUCAGUUAUAGUAAUACUACAAAAAAGUUGCACAAACAAAUGAUGUUUUUGGAUUAACACAUUUGUAAGUGAAACAUUGUGAAGUUAUGUUCUAAUUUUACUAUUUACAUUGCCCUCUCCUGCAUGUUCUCAGUUAGGGAAAGCCAGUGAUAAUUGCCAACUACCAUCUUAGAUUGCCAAACUAUAACAUUUGAAACAUAUAAUAAAAAAGGUAACUAGGUAGGAGAAUGUCUGCAAUUCCUCCCCCCACACUACAUAAGAACAUAAGAAGAGCCAUGCUGGAUCAGACCAACGGUCCAUCUAGUCCAGCACUCUGUUCACACAGUAGCCAAACAGCUGUGGACCAGGGAUCCACUAGCAGGACAUGGUGCAACAGCACCCUCCCACCCAUGUUCCCCAGCAACUGGUAUAUAGGUGUAAUUUAGGGUAAUUCUUCAUGCAUCUGAUGAAAUGGGCUGCAAUCCAAGAAAGUUUAUGCCAUAGUAAAUUGGUUAGUUAUUAAGAUACCUCCAGACUCUUAAACCCUGUUCAGAUGACACACUAAGCCAGUGGUUCUCAACCUUCCUAAUGCCGCGACCCUUUAAUACAGUUCCUCAUGUUGUGGUGACCCCCAACCAUAAAAUUAUUUUCGUUCUUCUCUACACGAUCCAUUGUCAUGGGAUGGUUUGCUAAUGAAAAUAAUACAUAACAAUAGCUUUAAUAAUACAAAAGAUGAUACAUGACAUAGUUCAGUCAAUACAGUUUCCAGAGACCAUCGGAAAUAUGUGUUUUCCGAUGGUCUUAGGUGAACCCUGUGAAAGGGUCAUUUGAACCCCAAAGGGGUCCCGACCCACAGGUUGAGAACCGCUGCACUAAGCCAUGGUGGUUAAGCAUUUUGAGCUAAAUGUUAUGGCUUAGUGUGCUGUGUGAACUAUUCCUAACCAUGGUGGCUAUAUAACCACAGUUAAAACACACUCAGUUAGCGGCCUGACCGUGGCUUAGUGUGUUGUCUGAACAGGCCCUUAGUUGUUUUAGGUAGGAGAGAAUGGAAAUAAGAAAAGGCAAAGAUAAAGUUUAGAGCAGACAUUUCAAUCCUUUGUAUGAUUGUUACUUGAGCGUAUUAUGGUUACAGUCCAGAAGAGGGCCUUGCUGUUCCAAUAAUGAAUGACCCAGGCAGAUUGAAACGAAUCUUUAUUCCUCCAGAAUUUGCAUGCUGAGCAACUAAAUAGGCUAGGAAGCAAUUGAGCAACGACUUGUGGAUUUUUAUAUUAUGGGCAAGGUAUUCUAGUCAUUUGGUUGGACAAGUCAAGAGCCAGAGUUGCUUCAAUAUUUUGUUCUUUUACUAUGUAGAACAAAAAUCUUGAAAAAAUUAAAUGUUCCUAUGUUUAAGUAAUAAAAAUUAAUAUUUCUA